ACGACAACCACAACAAUUUGGCCUUUUCCAAAUUUUCAGGAACUAGCCAUCUAAGGUAAAGAGAGUUGGAGAAGCAUGGCUGAGCACGGAGCUCAUCUUACAUCAGGAGGAAGUGACACUGACAACCGUCCGUCCAUCUUUGAAGUUCUUGCUCAAGAGAGCUUAUUAUCAGCAGUACGACCUGCAGUCAAACACAUCUUGAGGGUCGUUGCAGAGAAAAACCCAUCGACGUAUGGUUUUCUUUAUCGCUUUAGUGAUGAAUUUUAUGCUGGGUUAGACCUGAUUCUUCAACAUCAUUAUCUUACCAAAUAUAGUGCCUCAUUUGCUGAAAAUUUCUACGGGUUAAAGAGAGUCAGCCUUGAAGGUGGUGCUAAGCCAGAUUUUGGAGGGCAGAAUGAAUCAUCUGGUUGGCUGUCUAGAAAAGCUGUAAAAAGAUCCCUGUUUUUUCUUGUGGUGUUACCUUAUGUUAGACUGAAACUGGACAGUCUUUAUGAGGAAAUGAAGAGCAGGCAAGAACAAUACAACUUAGGUGCAAAGAGUUUAAAGGCUACUUUCUACCAGGCAUUCCUGGGCGUCUACCCCUAUCUUCACAUGGUACUUGAAGGGGCAGCAUUCAUGUUCCAACUACAAUAUCUGCUGAAGAAGAGCGAGUUCCAUUCGCCAUGGCUGAUGCUGGCAGGGGUCAAGCUGCACUCUUUGACAGAAGAUGAUCUCAGGUUACAGUUGGAGAGAAUCAGUGGCAGAACUCUUCUCCCAACAGACAGCUGGUCAAGGAGAUUCCGAUAUUGGCUGUCUCGUGGUAUAGGUGGCGUUGCCAUCCUGAUAUCAAAUGGUCUCUCUGUGAGUGUGUUCUUCCUCCAGUUCCUCGAGUGGUGGUACUCGUCACCAGGGUCACCUGCUGUCUCACUCACCGCGCUACCAGUACCCGACGCACCAAAGAGACAUGAUCAUGGCAACAAUGUCUGUUCACAAGAUACGGUAUGUCCACUCUGUGGUAGGAUAAGGACCAACGAAACAGCCCUCAGUGUAUCUGGGUAUGUGUUCUGCUACCCAUGUAUCUACAGACAUCUUGAGCAGCAUGCUUCCUGCCCUGUGACUGGAUAUCCAGCCAAGACAGAGCAUCUAAUCAGGAUAUACUCACAGGAUUCUUGACGGCGCCAGAUAGUUCACAGAUGAUGGAAGAGGAUAGGUGAAGGCUAAAUGUAAUGUGCCAAAACUUUUUUUGAAUAAAAGAUUUGAAACACGA